GAACCGGAAGAACUGUCUGUGUUGUGGUACGGCGGCCUGUUCUGUCGUCCGGUCCCGGCAGGCCCGGGUCUGUGGUUCGGCGCCAUGGGGGAGGCGGAGAAGUUUUACUACAUCUACAGCUGCGAGCUGGACAUCAACGUGCAGCUCAAGAUAGGAAGCCUAGAAGGGAAGAGAGAACAAAAGAGUUACAAAGCUGUCCUUGAAGACCCUAUGUUGAAGUUUUCAGGAUUAUACCAGGAGACCUGUUCUGAUCUUUAUGUUACUUGUCAAGUUUUUGCCGAAGGGAAACCUUUGGCUUUGCCAGUGAGAACCUCCUAUAAGGCUUUUAGUACAAGAUGGAAUUGGAAUGAAUGGUUGAAGUUGCCAGUGAAAUAUCCUGACCUGCCUAGGAAUGCUCAGGUGGCUCUGACAAUAUGGGAUGUAUAUGGACCUGGAAAAGCAGUCCCUGUAGGAGGGACAACAGUCUCGCUCUUUGGAAAAUAUGGCAUGUUCCGCCAGGGAAUGCACGACUUGAAAGUCUGGCCUAAUGUUGAAGCAGAUGGAUCUGAACCUACAAAAACUCCUGGCAGGACAAGCAGCACUCUCUCAGAGGACCAGAUGAGUCGAUUAGCUAAGCUCACCAAGGCUCACCGACAGGGCCACAUGGUAAAAGUGGAUUGGCUGGAUAGACUGACAUUUAGAGAAAUAGAAAUGAUUAAUGAGAGUGAAAAACGAAGUUCUAAUUUUAUGUACUUAAUGGUUGAGUUUCGAUGUGUCAAAUGUGAAGAUAAAGAAUAUGGUAUAGUUUACUAUGAGAAGGAUGGUGAUGAGUCAUCCCCAAUUUUAACAAGUUUUGAGAUAGUGAAAGUGCCUGACCCCCAGAUGUCUAUGGAGAAUUUAGUUGAAAGCAAACAUCAUAAGCUUGCCCGAAGUUUAAGAAGUGGACCAUCUGACCAUGAUCUCAAACCUAAUGCUGCCACCAGAGAUCAGCUAAAUAUUAUAGUAAGUUAUCCACCAACAAAGCAGCUUACAUAUGAAGAACAAGAUCUGGUUUGGAAGUUUAGAUAUUACCUUACUAAUCAAGAAAAGGCUUUGACAAAAUUUCUAAAAUGUGUCAACUGGGAUCUUCCUCAAGAGGCCAAACAAGCAUUGGAACUACUAGGAAAAUGGAAGCCAAUGGAUGUGGAAGAUUCUUUGGAGUUGUUAUCUUCACAUUUUACUAAUCCAACAGUGAGGCGCUAUGCUGUUGCUCGAUUGCAGCAGGCUGAUGAUGAGGAUUUGUUGAUGUACUUGUUGCAGCUGGUUCAGGCCCUCAAGUAUGAAAACUUUGAUGACAUAAAGAAUGGAUUAGAACCUACUAAGAAAGACAGUCAAGGAUCUGUGUCUGAGAGUGUAUCAAGUUCUGGUACAAAUGCUACAGAAAUAGAUAGUUCCCAAAUCAUAACUAGUCCCCUUCCUCCAGUGUCUUCUCCUCCUGCUGCAUCAAAAACAAAAGAAUCUGCAGAUGGUGAAAAUCUGGAGCAAGACCUCUGCACUUUCUUGAUAUCAAGAGCCUGCAAAAACUCUACAUUGGCUAACUAUUUAUAUUGGUAUGUUAUAGUGGAAUGUGAAGAUCAAGAUACCCAACAGAGAGACCCAAAAACACAUGAAAUGUACCUGAAUGUAAUGAGAAGAUUCAGUCAGGCAUUACUGAAGGGUGAUAAGUCUGUUAGAGUUAUGCGUUCUUUGCUGGCUGCACAACAGACAUUUGUAGAUCGACUGGUUUGUCUAAUGAAGGCUGUGCAACGUGAAAGUGGAAAUCGUAAGAAAAAGAAUGAAAGGCUACAGGCAUUGCUGGGAGAUAAUGAAAAGAUGAAUUUGUCAGAUGUGGAACUCAUCCCAUUGCCAUUAGAACCACAGGUGAAAAUUAAAGGAAUAAUCCCAGAGACAGCUACACUAUUUAAGAGUGCUCUUAUGCCUGCCCAGUUGUUCUUUAAAACAGAAGAUGGAGGUAAAUAUCCUGUUAUAUUUAAGCAUGGAGAUGAUCUACGCCAAGACCAGCUUAUUCUCCAAAUCAUCUCACUCAUGGAUAAGUUGUUACGGAAAGAGAAUCUAGAUUUGAAGUUGACACCUUAUAAGGUGUUAGCUACUAGUACAAAACAUGGCUUCAUGCAGUUUAUUCAGUCAGUUCCUGUUGCUGAAGUUCUUGAUACUGAAGGAAGCAUUCAGAACUUUUUUAGAAGAUAUGCCCCAAGUGAGAAUGGACCUAAUGGAAUAAGUGCUGAAGUGAUGGAUACUUACGUUAAAAGCUGUGCUGGCUAUUGUGUGAUUACAUAUAUCCUUGGAGUUGGAGACAGGCAUUUGGAUAACCUUUUACUGACAAAAACAGGCAAACUCUUCCACAUAGACUUUGGAUAUAUUUUGGGUCGAGAUCCGAAGCCUCUCCCUCCUCCAAUGAAGCUGAAUAAAGAAAUGGUGGAAGGCAUGGGAGGAACACAGAGUGAGCAGUAUCAAGAGUUCCGUAAACAGUGUUAUACAGCUUUUCUCCACCUGCGAAGGUAUUCCAACCUGAUUUUGAACUUGUUUUCACUUAUGGUGGAUGCCAACAUUCCAGAUAUUGCUCUUGAACCAGAUAAGACUGUAAAAAAGGUACAAGAUAAAUUCCGUUUAGACUUGUCUGAUGAAGAAGCAGUGCAUUAUAUGCAGAGCCUAAUCGAUGAAAGUGUCCAUGCUCUUUUUGCUGCAGUGGUUGAACAGAUCCACAAGUUUGCUCAGUACUGGAGAAAAUGAAACUGAGUUUUGCUGUCAGUGUAAUGGAAUGUCAAGUCGUGUCACUUGUUUAAAAAAAAAAAAAACUACCUUA